UCUCACUUUCCUUUCUCCCUUUCUCUCUCUUCAAACUUGAUCAGAGCAGAGUCCUUCGAGUGAGAACAGAGAGAGAAACGUCCAUGGCGAUAGGGAUAGCGUGUGAUGCAUUGUUCAGAGCAGUGAAAGAAGAAAGGGAGAUAUGGGCGAAGCAUUACUGUUCGUCUCACCAGAUACUGCUAGUGGGCGAAGGGGACUUUUCAUUUUCUCUGAGUUUGGCUCACUCCUUUGGCUCUGCUUCUAACAUCGUCGCUUCUUCCCUCGACUCCUUCGAUGAAUUGAUUAAGAAGUACAAGCAAGCAAAAUCAAAUUUGGUAAAAUUGUUAAAGUUGGGUGCAUACCUUUUGCACGGAGUGGAUGCUACAGCUAUGAAGCUUCAUACUGAUCUCGAAAUGCGGAAGUUCGAUCGGAUUAUCUUUAAUUUUCCUCAUGCAGGCUUCCAUGGAAAAGAAGACAAUAAGCAUCUCAUCAAGAUGCAUAGGUAUGUUGUGUAUGGAUUUUUAUGGAAUGCAAGAGGCAUGCUGGGAGCCAAUGGCGAAAUUCACGUUAACCACAAAACCACAUUUCCAUAUAACCGGUGGAAUCUUGAGGAACUUGCCUCACAGAAUUGUUUGGCAUUGAUCGAGCGUGUGGAUUUUAAGGCAGAGGACUACCCAGGAUACAACAAUAAGAGAGGCCAAGGUCCGGGUAGUGACGAUACCUUUCAUUUGGGAGCUUGCAGUACCUAUAAAUUCGGAUUCUCACCUCACACCAAGAAAAGGCCAAAAGUUUCGUCGAGUUUGGAUAUGGCUCGCAUCACAUUUCAGAACUUUGUGCAGACUCCGAUUGAAACGGUACGACAGCCAAUUGUUCCUUACGAGUUCCGACAGCCUCAAACAAAUUUCUCUCCGUACGCAAACAACAUUCCCUACGAUCUAGGGUUACACCACGGUCAUGAAGUUUGGGAAUCGUUGUCAAAUCAUUAUAACUCUCAGUCUAAGAGUAAUGUUCAAGAUCUGAAAAGCAAGCUUUACAACAUCACCAAGACAACUACUAUAGAGUGUUAUGUUGAUACUAUUAAAGAGUAUGCCCAAAAAUUGGCUGCUGCGGGCAGUACAGUUGAUGAUGAUGAUCUCAUCUUUCAUACUUUAAGGGGUUUACCUAAGGUCUUCAAUGGUUUUAAGACUACAGUAAGGGCUUUACAGACCAGUGGCACACAUAUUACUUUUAAUGACGUUGUAAACAUGCUCAAUAGAGAAGACAUACAGCUUCUUCAGGAAUCUGAUCGAGAUGUCUCAACUGGCUCUGUUUUGGUUGUUGCUACUCAUGGAAAUCAAAUAGCACAAGGAAAAUUGCCAGACAUUUCUUCCUCUGGUGCUUCAUCAUCCAUGACUUCUCCAGGUUCCACGUCUUAUGAUGGUCUAAAUCACUCUUUUGGUCAACUUGGGAUAUCCACUCAGUCUGGUUCUACACAGCACUUUGUUUCCCCAAAUGUAUUUGGUUCUGUUCAAUCUCCACCUGUUCAGAUUCUUGGUCACCCUGAUUCUCAGUAUAUGUCACAGAUUUUACCACCAUCUCAAACGCAGCAACAUCAGUAUAUGCCUCAGAACAUGAUGCCACAACAGCAAUUGCAGCAGUCUUUUGUUUCCCCAAACAUGAAUUUUAAACAGCAAUUGCCGUGUGAUAUAUGUGGAAAAAGUAAUCAUUCUACCAACUGGUGUUACUAUCGACCUCAAUCACCACAAGUGUUUCCACCCUUUUCACAGUCUUAUCAGAAUUUUCAGUGGAGACAACCUAUUUCUCCUUGGAUGAAUCCCUUUCCUUAUCCUUCUGAAGUUCCUAUGUAUCAAUCUCAGAUACCACAAUCAUCAAGGGGCCCUAUGAUACCCUCACAGCAGAAUGCAUUUUCUGGUUCUCCGGCUUCCACAUCACAGCCUCAUUUUGCUGGUUUUACUGAGGCCUACACUGCUCCAUCCUUUUCUCAAAUUCCUGGCAUGGUUUCAGGCAGCUCCUCAUUUCAUGUUCCACCAUCAGUUGCCUAUAAUGAGGAUUAUGAUUUAGUUUCACCACAAGUUGCUGCUUCUUCUUCCCAACCAUGGUACUUUGAUAGUGGGGCAACAAAUCACAUCACCCACAGUAUUCAGAAUCUUGCUCAUCCUCAACCUGCUGUUAUGAAUGAUGGCAUCAUGGUUGGUAAUGGAUCUCAUCUUCAAGCCUCUCAUACUGGUAAGGGUUUGCUACCAACACCUUCAUUUACUAUUCAGUGAUCCAAAGUACUUCAUACACCACAAAUCACUCAUAAUCUGAUAUCUGUUUUCCAAUUUGCCAAAGAUAACCAUUGCUCACUU